AUGUUGGGAGGAGUUACUAGAACAUCAUCAUCACUGAACAGUGACUCUGUUCGAUUCAAACGAUUCGUACCUGAAUACUUUAGAAGGAUUAUGCAUUACCCGCAGAUGGACAUUGAGUAUACCUUUUGGAUAAUGUUCUAUCUAUGUUUCAAUCCAGCUAGAGUAUAUAGAAAUACAUCAUGGCAUAAACAGACAAAGAAUCAAUGGGCAAGAGAUGACCCAGCAUUUGUAGUUAUAGUAGUGUUCUUUAUGUCGAUAGCAUCAAUGUCAUACGCGAUAGCAUUUCACUAUCUAUCAGUUGUACACAUUAUAAAGACAAUGUUCUGGGCAGUCUUCUUUGACUUUAUUACAGUUGGAUUGGUCACUGCUACUGCUGGAUGGUUCCUGUCCAACAGAUUCCUGAGGGAGUCCUCACACCAUCACAGCGUCGAUCAGAAGGUAGAAUGGUUGUACGCCUUUGACAUCCACUGCAAUUCAUUCUUUCCACUCUUUAUCAUACUAUACGUUAUCCAUUUCUUCUUGUUGCCAUUCUUAAUGUCAACCAAGCUUAUAGCCACAUUCAUAUCAAACUCGAUGUUCUUCCUCUCAAUUGUAUACUAUUAUUAUAUAACGUUUCUUGGAUACAAUGCUUUACCAUUCCUGCAUAAUACUAGCGUGUUCCUUUACCCUGUUAUACUGGUCUUCACAAUCUAUGUACUGGCGAUAGUAUUCAACAUCAACUUUACAGUGCUGUUCAUGUCAUUCUACUUUGGAAAC